CGCGUGCGCGGUGGUGUUCGGGUAGUGACAGUGUGUUUCAGAGAGAAAGGAAGAGAGAGAGAGAGAGAGAGACACACACACACACACACACACACACACACACAGAGAGAGAGAGAGAGAGAGAGAGAGAGAGAGAGAGACUCUUCCUGUCCGCAUCUCUCUGGUACACCUCCUGCCCCACAGUGUGAUCAUGGCUGCCGCGGAUGUGGACGUGUUUUCUGAUGAGCAGAAGAGGGCACUGGGUCUGGGUGGACAUGUGGGCUUUGACAGUCUCCCUGAUCAGCUGGUCAGCAAAUCUGUAUCUCAGGGUUUUUGCUUCAACAUCCUGUGUGUGGGUGAGACAGGAAUCGGGAAGUCCACACUGAUGAACACACUUUUUAACACCAUGUUUGAGAAUGAAGAAGCCAGUCACUACCAGAACGGUGUGUACCUGCGGCCCAGAACAUACGACCUGCAGGAGAGCAACGUCCACCUUAAACUUACCAUCGUAGACACGGUCGGCUUCGGGGACCAGAUCAACAAAGAGGAGAGCUACAAGCCCAUUGUUGAUUACAUCGACACACAAUUUGAAAACUACCUGCAGGAGGAGCUGAAAAUCAAGCGCUCGCUCUUCAACUACCACGACACCAGGAUCCACAUCUGCCUGUACUUUAUCUCUCCUACAGGACACUCACUCAAAUCCCUCGAUUUAGUCACCAUGAAGAAGCUGGACAGUAAGGUGAACGUCAUCCCCAUCAUUGCCAAAGCAGACACUAUCUCCAAAAGCGAGCUUCACAAGUUCAAGAUUAAGAUCAUGAGUGAGCUGGUGAGUAACGGCGUUCAGAUCUACCAGUUCCCCACGGAUGAUGAAACGGUGGCAGAGAUCAACUCCUCCAUGAACGCUCAUCUCCCCUUCGCUGUAGUGGGUAGUGUGGAGGAGGUGAAAGUUGGCAAUAAGACGGUCAGAGCCAGACAGUAUCCCUGGGGCAUCGUCCAAGUGGAGAAUGAGACUCACUGUGACUUUGUGAAGCUGAGGGAGAUGUUGAUUCGUGUAAAUAUGGAGGAUCUGAGAGAGCAGACACACACUCGCCAUUAUGAACUCUACAGACGCUGCAAACUGGAGGAAAUGGGCUUCAAAGACACCGACCCUGACAGCCAGCCCUUCAGUCUACAGGAGACCUAUGAGGCUAAGAGGAAAGAGUUCCUCGGGGAUCUUCAGCGUAAGGAGGAGGAGAUGAGGCAGAUGUUUGUUAAUAAAGUGAAGGAGACAGAGGCGGAGCUGAAGGAGAGGGAGAGAGAGCUUCAUGAUAAGUUUGAGCAGCUGAAGCGCAUGCAUCAGGAGGAGAAGAGGAAGGUGGAGGAGAAGAGGAAGGACCUGGAGGAGGAGAUGAACACCUUCAACAGGAGGAAGGUGGCGGCGGCCGAGACACUCCCUCUGUCACAGCCAUUCAAAAAGGACAAGGACAAGAAGAAUUGAUUUAUGAGAGUCGUCGCAGGCUGAGUGUGGAUUUUUCCUCCAUCGCCAUUCUGACCAUCAUGUAGAGUUCUUGUUUGUUUUUUUUUGUUUUUUUUUUACUCAUUAUUAUUUUGUAAAAUCACCAAAGACUCUUCUGGAAUAUCAGACACGUGGUCCAAUUAUUCACGUGUCUGAGUGUGAGGAGACACUUCCACUCAUCUUUCCAGCAUUUUUUAUCCUCUUGACUGUCGAGCAUCUCCCUGGUUUUAUUUUAUUUUUAGAGUGUGUGUGUGUGUGUGUGUGUGUGUUUUCUUCUUGUAUGACUGAUUAUAGCUGUGACUCAACUUCACUUCUCUGUUUCAUUUAUUUUAUAGAUUACACUCAGGCGGUGUGUGUGUGUGUGUGUGUGUGUGUGUGUGAUUCUCUCCUGUACCAUGUAGUAGUGUUGGAGAGCUCUACAGUAAUAAUAUUCAGAUUAUUUCUGUAUUUAGUGUUUUCUCGUUAUCACUGUAUUUCCUGUGUUUCUGUUCCUGGUGAUGUUUCAGACCUGAAACCAUCUGUUAGUGUCUGAUACAAUUUACACCAAGGUGUUUAUGUGGGGUUUAAUUAUUAAGGUGUAUUUUUAUAUAAGAGAGAGAGAGAGAGAGAGAGAGAGAGAGAGAGAGAGAGGGGGAGGUUUUAUAUAUGAUGUGAUUACAGACACGUGUAUAAAGUCGAUGUAUUCCAGACGAGUCUAUAAUAAAUAUUAAUCUUCAUUUAA